UCCCACCGCUUCAGCGUCCCACGUGCCCACCAGCUCUCGCGGCAGGACCGAGCCGCGCUGUCACAGCCUCGUGAAAUUGCCUACUUCAGCAAAUACGCAGACGAGGAUGUGCGCUUCGACCGGUCCAAUUUGCUGGUGUACAAGCAAGCAGAGGUUGGGGCAAAUUUGUUGGAUGGAAUCGAGGAGUACUCGUCGAAGGACGAAACGGAUCCGACUGCGCCGCCGGCGCCUCUCGGCCCGUUGUUGUCGGCGUUGGAGCAUUUUCAAGGCGAUAGAGGGGCCAAAGAGCAGCCUCACUUUGUCACGUUCCGGAACAACCUGAACAAGAUCAUGGGGACACCUUACAACAGCAAGAACGACUGGACUUUCGGAGUUGAGAAGCGCGAGGGCUGCGUGUAUUUGGACGUCCGGAGAACUCAACAGGACAUCGAGAGCAAUCGCAACCCCCACGAAAACCAACGCCGUGGGGCAUUUGCUGGUCGGCGCUUUGAAAUCUAUUCGACGCAUCCAAAACCAAGUUCCUCGGAUAGUUCAGGAAGUGGACAAGGUGGCGACCAGCGAAAAGUGAAUGAAGACGAAGAAUUCUGCAGCAUCUCGGCCAUGACACUGGGCGACAAGGGACUGGUAGUCGCGGCGGAGAUCGACUGCUACGAGGCCAAGGACGGCUCGUCUGGGAGUGAAAGAGAGUAUAUCGAGCUCAAGACUUUUCGGCUGCUGCAGCGCGAGAAGGAUCAGUUCGUCUUUGAGCGCUUCAAGUUGCUGGCGUUCUGGAUCCAGUCGUUCCUCGUCGGAACUCCGAAGAUCGUCUGCGCGUUUCGCAACGACGACUUCGAGAUCCGCAAGCUGCAGAGCUUCCGGGUCACCGAAAUCCCGAGUUUCUGUCGUAGGCAUUGGGACCCCGUCGUUUGCUUGAAUUUCACGAAGGCGCUACUGGACUGGAUCUACGAGCGUGCUGAGGAGGGGCGUGUCUACCGAGUCACGUACAUCCCGCGGCAGCACGCGGUCGAGAUGGCUUUGUCGUCGGAGCCCUCGUUCCUG